AUGUAUUGGGGAAGGGAGAACAAUGGGUUGUAUUCGGUUAGAAGUGCAUAUAGAUUAGCCUUUGGUAACUUGGAACAAGAUCAUAAGUUACUGUGGGCUGCUGUUUGGAAUUUACAUCAACCACUGAAGAUAAAAUGUUUUUUUUGGGCCAGGUGUAAAUUGAAGCAGCCAACUAAAGAUGUAUUGCUUGUAAAACAGGUAGCUUGCGAUCCAUUGUGUGGAGUAGAACCUGAGACAGCGAUCCAUUUGUUUGCCGAGUGCAGCUUUGCACAUUUAUGCUGGAAAGAAGUAGACCAUGGGUGGUCUAUGGACUCGCCUGGCACACUUCAGCUAUGGAUUGAGGAGAUGUGGACUGCCUUGCCUAACCACAUGAUUGAAAAGGUGGUAACUCUUUGUUGGGCUAUAUGGGAAAAUCGAAAUUCAAUGGUAUGGGACUCUCAAAGUACGGAUCAAAGAACAAUGGUUUGCAUGGCUUUAGCUUAUGUGCAAAACUGGAAGGCUGCCCAGUCAUCACACACUGCCACGCCACAUGCUGUUCAACCCCAUAUUCGUGAUGUUGCUUGGAGCCCCCCACCGCCAGGCUAUUAUAAGUUAAAUAUUGAUGUCUCCAUGGAUUUUGAGCACCGCCGCAUGGGUUAUGGAUGGAUUCUACGUGACGAAGAGGGAGUAGUUAUGGGAGCUGCAACCACUAUGAUUGAAGGAAUCUAUUCUGUAAAGGAGGCUGAAGCCAUUGGUGCUCCUGAGGCUUUGAGUUGGAUAAAGAGGGGAGGAUGGCCUCGGGUUGUCCUAGAGACUGACGCACAAAUGGUGACAAAUGCAGUGUCCGCAGGCCAAAAUUACACCCCUUUUGGAGCGAUUAUAGACGAAAUUCGAAAGCAUUUGAUGCAACUACCUUUGACUCAUUUUGUUUUUGUAAAGCGAGAUGCGAACGUUCUGGCUCAUUUCCUAGCAAAAUAUGCGUUAAUUCAGGGGAGGGGGUGCAUGAUUUCUUUAUUUCUCUUCCACGUUUAA